AUGCAUUUCUUUCAGCCCGCAGCAAACGAGAGCGGGAAGAAGGCCACAACAUCUGCAUCCACUGCGGGAGGGAAGGGCGCCGCGCCGAAGUUCGUAGAAUCAGCCGCCUCAGCGCAAGCUUCUCAAGGCAGUGCGACCGUUCCCACCAAGCGCUCGCUCGAACAAUCCCUCUCCUCGCCAACACUCACAUCUACAUCACCACGUCCACACUGGCAUACCCCAUCGUCGAAGAAACCACCACUCCUCUCAUCGACGUCCCCACCCACAACCCUACCCCCAUCGACAACCCCACCCACCACCUACGCCCAACUCCACCUCGACCUCGGCCAAAAAUCCCUCACCGCCUGCCCGACCUGCAACAUGUCCUACGCCCGCUCGCGCCCCGACGACGUCGCCACGCACGCGCGGUACCACGCCGCGGCGGUCGAGGGCGUCAUGUGGGGACCGGCUUCCUCCUCGUCAUCCGCAUCCGCAGGAGAACGUGUUGUAAGGGAGUUUGCGGAUGGCGCGAAGGUGGUGUGUGUCGAGAGGGAGGGGUGUGGGGUUAAGGUGUGGAAGAAGGCACUGAGUGUUGUCAUCUUGGUCAAUACGGAGCUGGGCGCCGCUGCGCCUGCGGAGGUCGACGAGGGGAGCAAGAUCUUCCUCUACAUAACCCCCUCCCGCCGCGUCGCAGGCUGCGUCCUCGUCGAGCGCAUCACCACUGCAUACCGAGUCGUCGUCUCUGACACCGCCACCGAUAUCCAGCCAGAGAACAACGAUCCACCUCGGGAGGAGCUGGUCAAGAAUGGAAGUGUUGCGUUUCGGAGUACGUGUCCUGUACCGGCCUCCUGUGGUAUCAGCCGGAUCUGGGUACUCAAGAGCGAGCGGAGGAAGGGGGUUGCGGGGAGGAUGUUGGAUGUUGUUCGCACACGCUUCGUCUUUGGAUACACACUCUCCCCCACCGACGACAUGGCGUUCUCGCAGCCGACGAUGGCGGGCAAGGCGCUGGCCGAGCGGAUGUGUGGCGGGCGGAAGGACUUUUUGGUUUAUUAG